AUGGAGAGGUUGAGCUUUCGCUACGGUGCAGGGGAUAUAUCUGGCGGGUCCGGCGGCUCAGGUGGAGGAGAUGGUCUCGCCUGUGGAAUCUACGUCAUCUCGACAUCACGGGAAGAGGGGAGGACGGCGGAGAUCGGAGAAGAGCCAAUGGCUCUAACGAAACCAUUCCGGGGAGGGGGAGGGGAGGAGGUCGGAGGGUUGGAUCUCUCCGGUGAGGAAGCACACCGGCAAGUGGAGUCCUCUUCCUAG